AUGGUCGAUCUCCCUCCUGCACAAGGUGACAACUACUCUGCACAACAAGGCUGUUUUGAAGGUCCCGAAAAGUUGUUGGAGAUUUGGUUUUCUCCUUCUCCUCAACUUCUCGCUGAUCACCAAGAUCUCGAUGAAUACCAUUCUACUGAUGACGACGUUUCAAGCUAUAAUGAUGAUGAAGAUAAAAGCGCAGCCGUCGCUCGCUUUAGUCCACCACGGGGGCAUCGACAACAUCACCACAACCAUUCACAAGCCAACAACACUGGUCUCCGUGUAGUACCUCGUGCCGUGUGGGAUGAUGUCUUGGCAUUGGUCAAAUGCACCGUUUUGAAUGUCAUUUCAAACAAGCAUGUUGAUGCAUAUCUUUUAAGUGAAUCAUCCAUGUUUGUCUAUCCUCACAAAUUGAUCCUCAAGACAUGUGGUACCACGACAUUGCUUCUUGCUGUUCCCCGCAUUCUGGAGGUGGCCCAAAAAUACUGUGACUUUGAAAAAGUAUGGCGCAUCUUUUAUUCACGCAAGGCUUUCAUGUUCCCAGAGCGUCAAGUGGGUCCUCAUCGAUCAUGGGAUGAUGAGGUCAACUUUUUGAACAAGUAUUUUGACAAUGGGUCGGCAUACACUAUUGGCAAGGUAGCAAGCGACCAUUGGUACUUGUACCUUACAAAGCCAGCGGAUGAUGUGCUUCAUCAUGAUGGUCCUGCUGCUUUGGCUGAUAACGACAACAACAGUGAUGAUGAUGGCACACGUGAUGUUGCUUGCACCAUCAUGAGCAGUGGGCAAUCAACACCUGUUACCGAGAAUCCAUCACCUUUUGGCAAUCAUGCAGGCCAAUCUUACCCCGAUCAGACUGUGGAAAUUCUCAUGACGCAUUUGAACCCUGAAGUCAUGUCCAAGGGAUUUUAUCAUGAUCCAAGCCAAACCGAAUCGGGAACUACAGGUGGCGCUUGGGUUGACAAGACCACUGGCAUUGGUGCGCUUUAUCCAAAUGCUCAAAUUGAUUCCUUUUUGUUUGAACCAUGUGGCUAUUCCAGCAAUGGCUUGCAAGGCGAUCGUUACUUUACUAUCCACGUCACUCCAGAGCCUGAAUGUUCGUAUGCAUCAUUCGAAAGCAAUAUACCCGUAGAGGAAUCGCAUGCAGGUGGAAAGCGAAGCCCAAUUGAAACUCUUGUGAGCCAAGUCAUUCGCAUCUUUGACCCGGCAUCCUUCACCGUUACCUUUUUCUCAUCUCACCAUAAGGAACAUAGCCGUAGCCAUAUGGUGCAUGCUAUGGGCUCGAUGCCUGUAGGCUAUAAGCGUACCGAUCGUAUCCUGUACGAGUUCGAUGGUUAUGAUAUGGUCUAUGGCCAUUACGUUAAAACUCUCAAGUAA